AUGGCACAUCGGAUCCCUAUCAUCCUAUGCGGCAAGACGGUAAAUAUUGGCGCGCAUGUCACGCAUCUGCUAAAACCUGAAUUUGAAGUUAUUCAUUUCAUCACAUCAACCGAGGCUGCAAAGGCUGAAUUGGCGGACCUUCUCACUGGUCAGGCGCCUAAGAUACCAAAUACUAACAACGUCGGUACCAAUGACUACAGCAAGCCACCGCAAGCCAUCGUAUUUGGCCGAGGGUAUCUGCAUACCGAAAUUGUGGAGCUCAACAAGGAACAUCGUGGAAUAAGCAGUUCUCCCGUGGCGUGGAUAGUCGGGGAUCCAGAUGUUCGAGCUCCAGCUCCACUCCCGCCAGAUUAUGCGGUACAGGCAGCGCACAAUGUUAAGAGAGCAUUCGAAAGGUGGAAAGCCGCGGGAGGUACAAGCGAAAUCAUUGUUCUAUAUUGA